UCACUAAUCAAAUUAAAGCAACAAAAUAUAUAAUUAGUUUUCUAAAGUUCAAAAUGUUUGUCAAAAUAUCAUUCCUAGUUGCACUUUUUGUGCUACUAGCUGAGGGUCGUAAUGUGAUAGAAAGUAUUGUUGAAGAUCAUGACCAUUCAAUUGGAACUAAAUGGGCUGUGUUGGUAGCUGGAUCAAAUAAUUGGUAUAAUUACAGACAUCAGGCUGAUGUAUGUCAUGCUUAUCAACUACUGAAGAAAGGAGGUCUAAAAGAUGAACACAUCAUUGUAUUCAUGUAUGAUGACAUUGCUUACCAUCCUGAAAAUCCUAGACCUGGAGUUAUCAUAAAUAACCCACAUGGUCAUAAUGUGUACAAAGGAGUAUCCAAGGACUACACAGGAAAAGAUUGUAACGCUAAAAACUUUUAUGGUGUUAUCCUGGGAAAUAAGAGUGCUCUAACUGGAGGCAGUGGAAAAGUUGUGAACAGUGGUCCAAAUGAUUAUAUUUUUAUUUACUAUACUGAUCAUGGUGGUCCUGGUUUAAUUGGAAUGCCUGUAGGACCAUUUGUUUAUGCCAAGGACUUGAAUGUGGUCUUGAAGAAAAAACAUGCUUCUGGGACAUACAAAAAGAUGGUAUUUUACAUGGAAGCUUGUGAGUCUGGAAGCAUGUUUGACGGUCUACUUCAUGAAGGUUUGAAUAUUUAUGUAACGACUGCAUCAAAACCCGAUGAAAAUAGUUGGGCUACGUAUUGUUCUUUCAGUGAUAAUGAUGAUCAUAAGUACUGCUAUGGUGAGUGUCCACCAAAGGAUUACAAGAAUAUCUGCUUGGGAGAUUUGUAUAGUGUUUCUUGGCUAGAGAAUAGUGAUUUGCACGAUCGACGACUUGAAACUUUGAAGAAGCAGUAUCGAAGGAUUCGUAAAAGAGUUUUAAAUAAUGGUACACAAGGUUCCCAUAUGAUGGAAUAUGGUGAUUUACAUAUACAUAAGGAUGCUCUUUCCAGAUAUAUGGGUUCUAAUUCUCCAAAACAUACUUCUUCUACCAACAACUACCCCUCAAACUCAAGACAUGUUAAUCAGCGCGAUGUUCAACUCUUGUAUCUCUUGUCCAAGUUUGAGGGUGCUCCUGAAGGGUCUAUAAGAAGAAUAGAAGCUUAUAGGAAACUAAAUGCAGCUAUAUCAGAAAGAGAAGAUGUAGACAAGAGUGUAAGACAUAUUGGACAAAUUAUGUUUGGAGUUGAGAAUGGUCCAGAGGUGCUCAACAUUGUUCGACCUGCUGGACAACCCCUUGUUGAUGAUUGGGACUGUCUUAAAUCCUUUGUGAAGAUAUUUGAGUCACAUUGUGGAUCAUUGAGUAGCUAUGGUAGAAAACACGUUCGUGGGUUUUCUAACAUGUGCAAUGCUGGAAUCCAAAGGGAUCAAAUGGCUGCAGCUGCUAAACAAGCAUGUUCUUCUUAAUUAAUUAUAUUACUCAUGUAGCUUGCAUUAAUCACCUUAAUUAUUAUGAAUUAUAUAUCUUUAUUAAGCUUUUGC